AUGAGUCAAGAUGCGGCAUCGUUUUUUCGCGGUGUUUCCGCCAAAAUUAGUGCGGCGAAUCAGUCGUACAUUAGCAGGAGGGCAAGAAGACGAGUAGAGGAGGAAGAGGAGGAUGAGCCGCAGCAGCCCAUCGCUUCGCCUUCUCUGUCCACGUUAUUGUCAACAACGCAGAAUUCAUCUGCGCCAUGUGUGGCGACAUCGGUAGUAGGGAGAGUGAGCAAGACUGCAAUGACUACUAACGUUGCUGGCAAUACAUUUGCCAUUGGUAGAAGCUCUAGUAAAAUUGUUUCUUCUGUGGUUAAGGAUGAGCACGGCGAUGGCAGUGGGGGUGAUUUCUCUGAGCUUUCCAUGCAGAGUGAGCAGAUUAGUAGCACGUUGAUGACACAGGUGCGACAAAUACCAAGAUCAUCUAGAAGAGAAAGCUUGUCAUUGACAGGCAAUAUUUUUUUGCAUACGGGUAGAGAACCUGCGACUGGCUCUAACGGGGCAUCCUCGGGCGGUGACGGUAGUGUGAGUGACAAGAACGAGAAUGGUGCUAACAACAAUAGCAAUAAUAUUAACAACAACGGUAAUAAUAAUAAUACUGGUAGUAGUAGCAUUGUUAGUGGCGGCGGGAAUAGUGGCGAUACGGAGGUGAGGCCAAAGGUUCAUUUGAGUGCACUUUUGAUACGAACUAGAAGAAUACAACAAAUGCCAAAGAAUACGUCGCCUAUUAUUGCAAAGAAUCAUGCUUCACUUCUUCCUUUACAGAUGCGGCAGUAUCAUGGGAAAAAGACUCUUAUCUUAGACCUUGAUGAGACGCUUGUGCACAGUUCACUUACACUUCAACCGAAGCAACAUGACCUGAUACUCAGCAUGAAAACAGAACCAGAAGUAACUACCAUAUAUGUAGCGUACCGCCCUUUUUUACAUGAGUUUAUUCAAGCCGUUGCAGGACUCUUUGAGGUGGUCAUCUUUACCGCGUCAGUUUCCAUGUAUUGUAAUCCUGUUAUGGAUGCCGUGGAUCCGGAAGGUAUUUUGGGUUCCUUAAGACUUUACAGGGAACAUUGUAGUAUCCUGAACGGGGCAUACGUGAAGGAUUUGUCAUUGCUAGGACGGGAAUUGAGUCAGGUGGCAAUUGUAGAUAACAGCCCGGUGACGUACUUAUUUCAACAACGAAAUGCCAUACCAAUUCCUUCAUGGUUUGAUGACCCCAAAGACAAUGAGUUGAAGCGUCUUAUCCCUGUUUUAGAAGCCCUUGCUCAGGCAGCAGAAGUGUAUGAUGUCUUGGACCGAUACAACGCGGUGUUGCAACUGCAACAAGAGCAAAUGCGACCAGAGAAUAAAUUUGCGAGGCGAUAG